AUGGAUGCAGCGGAGCUUGCGCCUCCCAUUCCCUUCCUCUCUGAGGUUGCUAGGGACGAGGGGGUCAACACUCUGCCUGCAAACAGGUCCAGUCACCCGGAUACACCUCCCCCAAGCUUUGGGGGCCUGGACCAUCAAGGCGUGCAUUUCAUUCACUGCCGCAUGCCUUCUGGAUCCGAUUCAGCCGCUCCUCCUUUGAAGCAUGCCAACACAGGCAAGGAGAGGGCCGUGGAUCCUCCCUCACCGCCAAUUGAGGGUGCCAUUUCCAUUGCGGCUCCGGUUGUGGGCAUUCCUCACUCUCUGCCGCGCCCUUGCAUCUGCUUCCAGGCUCCACUGGAAUCAGAUUCAAUCUCGAUCACUCUGGCUUCCUCGAUCUUGGGCACUCGCGUUCUCCGCAAGGGAUUCCCUCUGCCUGCUUCGGUUGCCCCAGCUCGGGCGGUGCACAUUCCUUCCACGGACUGGGUUGCUGUCUGGGAUGUCAUGGACAAUGAGGACCGGGCUUCCCUGUCCCAUGUUGUUAUCGCUUGCACUCCCCCUGCUCCUCCUCCCCCCGCGGCUCCACCACAUGCUGCCUCCAGUGAGUUUCCCUCCUGUCCCCAGUUUCCACCAGGGCUCUUCCCUCCUCACCUUUUCCAAUGUUUGCUUACCUUCCUACCUUGCAGCCUUCCCGACUGUGAGCACUUCUUGCAUUUGAAUGUCCAGAGUGCCUGCGCUGCUGCCACACCUGCCCUGGCUGCCGCUCCUGCACCCUUUGCGCAUCCCGCGCCAGUUAUUGCCCAUGUGCUGGCUGCCAUGCCCACACUGGUGGCAGCUGCAGUUCCGUCCCCUCUUGCCCAUUGCCUCCCUACCACGCUGUCCCAGCUCAGUGGGCUUACCCUGCCCAUCCCUCCAAAAGUUGUGGCUGCCAUGAAAGUCAGGUGGGUCACCCACAUCACCCUCACAGCUCUCACAAACGAGGCCCUGCAGGGUCUUUGGAAUAACACCCACAACGAGCGCAUGGCAUCCAUUGCCUCUACCGGUGUGCUCACCAUCAUGCCUACCAUGUGGGACCUUGCGGAGCAGGACCCAGGCAAUGCUCUUCGCUGGGCUUCCAUUUGGGAGGAGCAUGGUUGCAUGAUCCACGUCCACCCUGACCUUUACAAGGAGGGGCAUUGGACAGUCUUCCUGUGCUAUGACAUUGAGGUGCGGCAUAACCUUGCCAGCGGCUCUGAGGAUUUCAAUCCCUUGGUCUGGCAGGAACAUGUCUGGAAUUGCCUUGUCACUGAGUGGCAGAUGGACUGGGUCAACUAG